AUGGGAUGGUACGCCCACCAACAGACUGGGCCAGCCCAGGACACUAAGACCCAGCCAACAACAGAACUUGGACCGUUAAGGAGCGCCAGGCCCAGGCUUCAGCUGCCCAUAAUAACAAGAGCCAGGCACAAGACCUCAGCCCACACGAGUACCAGGCAGAAGGAGCAGCACCUGGGGAUCUUCAGAGUUACUGCUCACCAAGUUGGGCCCAAGGCCCUCCAGCUCACUGUCACCCAGAAUGCCUGCAAAAAGGCAAGGCCCAGGCCCCACCCAGGGAAUUGGCCUCUAUGGUCUAGAGUCGAGGUGAAGCUGAGGACUCUAACCAUACCCUGGGAGGUUCUGAGAAGACUUGUCGAGAUGCCCUGCUCCUCCAUCCCCUCAGGACCCAUCCACAUCUCCCAGAGCUUUGGGGACCUUCUUUGUGCUGACCACCGGCUGCAUUAUUCCAAGUCCCUGGAGGGUUCAACUUGUCCAAGAGAAUGGCGACGGAGGGUGAAAGAUCUUCAGAAUCUUCAGAAUCCUUACACAGAGAAGAUAAUGGCUUCUGCAAACAAAUCUGCAUACCCAGGAGUGAGAUUAAUGGAUAAUAUGCAAUGGAGAAACUGAGGCCCAGAGAGGAACCGGGGCCUGCCCCCAUCACCAGUGACACAACCAAACUAGGACGACUUGAGGGGCCCCUGCCUGCAACCCUUACCCAUUGCCCCGCUGUGUGUGAAUCAGAAGCUGAGAGCAGGUGGUGCCAGCAAGGCAAGGACUCCCAGGGUCGUCUCGACACCAUUCCUGGGCCCUUGGAGAUGUGCCAGCAUGGGGGGCGGGGGGGGCACCGGAAGGGCAGUGUUGACCCCAGUGAGGAGCUGGCUCUAAAACCGGUGUGGUGGCCAGACUCUUGUCUGGGGCUAUCUGCUCCAACAGGCAUGGAAAUUCUUAUCAUUCCAAGGCCUCCUCUUCACACAGACCUGUCUGGACUGGGUCUGUCCUGAGAUGCGCUGGGGUUAGGGGAAGGAAGCAGGAGGGAAAUGGCAGGGAUACCCACCCCCCAUUCACACACGACAUCGUCACAUUCAUUCACUCAUCUGCUGCACACACCACUCACCCCACCCACCUCCCUUCCCCCCAACCUACCCUCCAUCCA